AUGGCGUCUUUAAUUGACGACUUUGUGCCGUCCAUGACUUAUAACAGCCUGCCUUUAAUUAGCCAGGUUGCCGAGGCACCGGAGCUCUAUUCGCGCGAUCUUCAAGACCUCCGCGAGCUACUUCAAAAGCAUAAUGUCCCCAGGGGUGUCAGCAUUCCACUGAUACAUAAGCACUUCGACACUGCCGACAGCGAGGUCAUGGUCUUUGACAGGGUGACUAUCCCGGGACUCGGAGUCGCCCAAAUUAUGAAGCCAAUUGUGCCAACAGAGAACAAUAAACUCCGUGGCAUUCACUUUUUCGUUGGUGAAAAUGCCUCUCUCCAGGCCUACGAGUAUAGCACCUAUAAGGUCCCCGACAUGAGCAACUAUGGGUCUUUUCUUGCCGAGUUUUGCACCAUCAUUUCUGAGCGUCGUCUCCAACGAACAUUCGGGCUCAAGCUUCAAUGCGAUGACGAUGCAGGUCGCACGGGUUGGACAGAGUACGAGCUCGGUGCUAAAAGAGGCACCAUCAUGUUUCCUGACGGCAUGCCCAUGCCUGACGGAGAUGGUGACUACAGCGUCACCACAGAGUGGAAUGCGGUCACGAAUGAACUGCCGAGAACUUGCAAGCAUUCUACAGCCUGUUCCCAUGGGUGA